UGCAGGGCGCGAGGAAGGAGGCGGACUGGGGAAAGCCUGCAAGGCACCAUUACUGAGGGAUCCUUCAGAGGCAAAAAUGGAGAAGGAAGAUGCUACGAGAGCUAAAUUGGAGAGAGAAUCAGACCGGAGAGGAAAAUUCCCUCAUAUUUUCCAGGUUGAGAGUAUUAAGGAAUUUCUUCAAAGGAGACCAGAAGAUCCCAAGAAUCAGCAAGGUGGAGAGGGUUCUCUUUCCCUUGUGCAGUGGGAAGCCCAGUGGCAGGAAUUCCUCAGGACAGUGGAAAACCCUCACUCAAGAUGGGGAAUCCCACAUUUGCCAGAGAAACCUUCACCCUGGAAGGAUACCAAGGCCUUUCUGGCCUCCUUUGAGCAAGUGGCCGAAGCCUGUCAGUGGGCCAAGGAGGAGUGGAUGACACGACUCCUGCCAGCCCUCAGCGGUGAAGCCAAGAAGGCCUUUAACAGUCUGGAUAUCACAGACAGAGAGGAUUAUGGGAAGGUGAAGGCAGCCAUCUUGCGAGGGGAUGCCCUGAGCCGGGAGAAGCAACGUCAACAGUUCAGGUGUUUCUGCUACCAGGAGGCUGAGGGGCCACGAGGGGCAUAUAUCCAACUGCAGGAAACCUGUCGUGGGUGGCUGAGAGUAGAGAAUCACAGCAAGGAGCAAAUCCUGGAGCUCUUGAUUUUGGAGCAGCUGCUGACUGUCCUGCCCCCAGAGAUCCAGAGGUGGGUGAGGGAAAAUGGCCCUGAGAGCUGCUCCCAGGCAGUGGCUCUAGCCGAGGAGUUCCUCUUAAGGCAGGAGAAACAGGCGACAGCAGGGAUCGUCUCUGAGUCAGGCUGGACUCCGUCUGAGUACAAGCAGAGGCAGCUCUUAAUGAACAUCAAAGAAGAGGAGAAUGGAGAGGCCAGCCCUCUGGCAGGAUUUGUAAAUGUUGGGGACUUCCAGGUUUUCUCAUUGGAAAAAGCCAAGAAUGAAGAGGCUGACGAAAACUUCUGGGAUCCAGGCAGACCAGAUAAUCCCAGUCCUUGCCAAGGAGGGGGCUUGCGCAAAAUCCCAAUCCAAGAAAGAUCAACCAAUAACAGAGGGGGAAAAGGCCUCAGUGCUCACAAGAGAAUCUGCUCCUGGGAAAAAGAAAACAAAAGUGUGACUGUUGGGAAGAGCCCCAUACAGAUCUCAAAUAUUAUAUCUCAGGAGCAAGUUCCCUCAGGAGAUAAACCGUAUAAUUGCUUGGAGUGUGGAAAGAGCUUCAGACGGAGAAUGGCCCUUGCAUCACAUUCAAGAAUUCACUCUGGGGAUGAUCAGGAGAUUGAGGAUGAUGAAGAACUGGAUCGCUUAUCACCAGAUGAAGCCAGGUGUGCGGAGUGGAAAAGAAGCUAUACUAAUCGAGGUGGACCCAAGAAACAGAAAGGAAGCCACAUGAUUGAGAAGAGGGAUAAACCCCUUUCUUGUGAAGGAGAGGAUUUCCGUGAAGUAAUUUACAUGGCAAAGGAAGCAUACAAGUGCUUGGAAUGUGGAAAGGACUUCUCAGAUAAAACCCAAUAUAAUUUUCAUUUGCAAAAGCACAAUAGAAAGAAAACCCAUAAAUGCUUGGUUUGUGGAAAGAGUUUCAGGUACAGAGGCGAGCUUGUUGGACAUCACAGAGUGCACACAGGAGAAAAACCGUAUAGUUGCUCAGUCUGUGGGAAGAGCUUCCCACAUAAAACAAAUCUUUCGCAUCACCAAAAAAUGCAUUCACAAGAGAAACCAUAUAAAUGUUCAGAGUGCGGAAAGAUUUUCAGUUGGAAGAACAAUCUUCAACAGCAUCAAAGAAUCCACACAGGGGAGAAACCUUUUGAAUGCGCAGAGUGUGGAAAGAGAUUUGGUUGCAGAUCCCACCUUCAACGACAUCAAAUAAUUCACAUCAGAAGAAAUCAUUUAGGUGUUCAACCUAUGUCAGGACCUUCUCUCAUAUUUCAUGGCCAAAAUGUAACUUCAGACUCCAUUCCACAAUGAAAGUACAAAAUAUUUAGGUCAGCAAUGGAAUGUCCUGAGAGAUUAAAAUGUUC